UCCUUUCUAGUGAUGUGUCCUUACGGGGACGAGAAAAAAAAAACACAGGCAUUUAAAAGACAGUAAACAAGGCAAGAGUUUAUUGAUCAAAACGUACAAAAGAACAACAGAUUUGCCUCACAAAAGGCUUGAUUUUCAACAGGUUUGAGCAAUGUUCCAAAUAAGGGUUUCUUAAUCAUGUUACGCGUCUGCUCCACUUACGCCACGGGCAUACAAAGAAACUAAUGUGAAAUAAAAAUCAACAGGAGCUCGGGUUGUUUAUGAGGACAGUAAAUAAACAAAGUUCACCGUAUGACCUACUUUAUCGGUGUCUAAUUAGACGCUAUUUUCAUCGGCUGCUCGUGCAUCUUCGGCUCGUCUUCGGCGGGUGGGUCCGGCUGAAGAGGCGAAAGCCCCCCGUUUUAUCACACUUCGACAAAUAUACAGCCUUUCCUUUGCAGAAAUAAUUGCACCAUAACACCGUUUCGGGGCAGCGUCAUGUUUUCUGACUGCAAUGCCCUUUCAGAGUCGAUGGGCGUUUCUGGACGUAGAUGGCGCUGUUGAGCAUAUAUUUUGUUUCAGUCCCGUUUCCCUCCAUGGUUUCCCCUCUCUCCGACUAACUUAGCGUUUGGCUCAGUUCAUUAUACAGUCCUAUAUUCUCCCUCCAUAAGGGCAUCUCUGCCUUUGGACUGAAGAUCCCAGCAAGACCCAAGAGAGAAAAGUUAAACUUUCACUGGGGAGGAUGGACAUGAAAAAGAGGAUCCACUUGGAGCUAAGAAACAGGACACCGUCUGAUGUACGAGAACUUGUCCUCGAUAAUUGUCGAUCGGUUGAAGGGAAAAUCGAAGGCCUCACAGCUGAGUUUGUCAACUUGGAGUUCCUCAGUUUGAUAAAUGUGGGCCUAAUCUCAGUGUCCAACCUGCCUAAACUAGGAAAACUGAAAAAGCUGGAGUUGAGUGACAACAGAAUCAGCGGCGGCCUUGAUGUUUUAGCAGAGAAACUACCCAACCUCACACAUCUAAACCUGAGUGGCAACAAAUUGAAAGACAUCAGCACGUUGGAACCGUUGAAAAAGCUGGACAACCUGAAGAGUUUGGACCUGUUCAAUUGUGAAGUAACAAACCUCAACGACUACAGAGAGAGCGUGUUCAAGCUGCUGCCUCAGCUCACCUACCUGGACGGUUAUGACAUGGAGGACAGGGAAGCCUCGGACUCCGACGGAGAAGUCGACGGAGACUGCGGAGAUGAAGAUGAAGACGAAGAUGGAGAGGAGGAGGAAGAUGAAGAUGGGGAGGAAGAGGACUUUGAUGAGGAGGACGAUGACGAUGAUGACGAAGAGGAGGUAGAAGGAGAGGACGACGAUGAAGAAGUCAGCGGCGAAGAUGAGGAGGAAGAAUUUGGUCAGGACGGAGAGGUAGAUGAAGAGGAUGACGACGAGGAUGAUGAUGAAGAGGAAGCAGAAGCUGGCAAAGGCGAGAAGAGAAAGCGAGACCCAGAGGAUGAGGACGACGACGACGACGACGAAGACGACGACUGAAGGCAAAACUGAAAACGAGAGCCUACCGAGUUACCACCUUUUUGCCCACAAACCCGAACGUCCACCCUCCGACAACUCGCACCGCCUUUGUAAUCCACGUCUACCCCCCCCCCCCCCCCCCCC